CUCAAUUACAACAUAUAAGGUUUUUGCUCUAAUGUAACAAACCUAAACUUCAUUAGACAUUCAACAUAUUAGGCUCUCUGAAACAGAUUCUGUUGAUUUUAAAACGUAGAUUUAUUUACCACUGUAUGAUGCAGUCAACUGGUUUCCUCUCGUUGUGCAUUUCAUUCAGCGCUCUACUCCACGAGUCAAGUAAUGCACCUACUGAGAAAACAGACUAUUCAGACACUGCAAGCAGUUGCAAGGAGCUUCUGAGGGAACAGGGAAUAAAAAAAGACGGCUUGUACCAUUUGGUGUCGAAAAAGGGUGAGAUUUACCAAACCUACUGUGACAUGACCACCGACGGAGGAGGCUGGACACUGGUGGCCAGUGUGCAUGAGAACAACAUAAAUGGGAGAUGCACUGUAGGUGAUCGCUGGACAAGUCAACAAGGCAAUAGUGCAAAUACUCCUGAAGGAGAUGAGUCAUGGUCUAAUAAAGUCAUAUUUGGAACAACAGAAGCUGCAACAAAUGAUGACUACAAGAACCCUGGAUAUUUUGACAUCAAUGCAGAAGAUAUUGCUGUGUGGCAUGUUACCAAUAACCACGAUCUUAAGUUCUGGAAAAUUGCUUCUGUUUUACGCUACCAUACUAACACCCACUUUCUGACACUGUUUGAAGGAAACCUUUACAACUUCUUUAAGAAACAUGUUUUAAAGUAUGGCGCAGGUGAAUGCAAAACUGAUCGAGGAAUUUCUGUUCCUAUUAUUUAUGACACUGGCAAUGAGCACAGGACUAAUGAAUUAUAUGGACAAAGUGUUAGAGGGGAUUUUGACCCUGGAUAUGUAACAUUCAGAGCUUUUAACAGUUACAGAGAAUCCUUUGCAAUGUGUUCUGGGGUCAGGCCUAAAGGAUGUUAUGCACACUAUUAUUGUAUUGGUGGUGGUGGCUACUUUCCAAGCACUUAUUGUAGCGAUUUCUCCUAUCUUGGUGUAAACGCCGGUGCAACAAAUGGAUACGGUGCCUCUAAAGAGCUCCUACAUGCCGCUGUGCUUAUUUUCUACCGUUAGGAGACAUUGUCAUUUGCGAACUGUGUACAAAAUGGCACAAUGGCAUUUUAGAAAACGCUGCAUUUGCUAAUUUGAAAUAAAUCCCAAUGUUACUAGA